AUGGAAAAAAACAUGCUUAAGUUUACACCAGCUGAGGAUAUCCCAGUCAAAUCUCCCACUGACAACGGCGACAACUUCCUGUCAAGCAUGCUGCAUCUUGGUGGGUCCAAGCUACUGCUAGCUGACUUUACAAACGGCACAGUGAGGCUGGUGGACAUUCAUACCAACAGCCUUGAAUCCCAGACAAUGGAGGUUCCUGGGAAGAAACUGCAAGCAGGGUCAUCUGCAGAGGACACAACGUACUGCCAGCCCUGUGAACAAGAUGAAGAAAUCCUCCCUGCUGAUUCAUACUGUACCGUCUGCAAAGAAUUCUUCUGCUCUCACUGCGCAAAUGUCCAUAGGAAACAGAAAAUGACUAGAUCUCAUUUACUUCUUGACAAAUCAAAUAUGCCGACAUCUAUCAGUGGCAUUGAAGUUGAAUAUGAAUGCACAGUGCCUUGUGAUAUCCAUCCGAAAGAGUCUAUCAAAUACUUUUGCAGCACCCAUCAGACCCUGAUUUGUGGACACUGUUCAGUACAGAACCAUCGAUCGUGUCAUGCUGAUGUUAUAUCAGAUCUCUCCAAGGCCUUCAAAGAUGGCCAAGAGUAUGGAGAUGUCAUUAAAACAAUUGCCAGGUUAUUUAAAGAGAUAGAUUUAUGCGCGUCUGAUGUGGAGAAAAACGUUGACGUUGUAGCAAGUUUAGGUGAAAAUGAAGUUUUCAAGCUGAGAAAAUACCGAGAGGAAGUUAACAAGUAUUUUGAAGAAAGAGAACGGGCACUGUUAAAGCUUAUAGAGAAGACAAAAAGCAUGGAUGAAGAACUUCUAGGGUCUCUGAAACCGAAAUAUACAAACCUGAAGUCCAAGCUGGAGGAAUUAAAUGUCACACUCGAAGCACAAGAAAAUAACAUGAUACAGUUGUUCAUUGAGACCAAAAGGGUCAAGAAACUACUAGAGGGCAUGCAGAAUGAAAACGUAAUUCACCUCUACGAAUUGAGAAAGGACCCAGGCACAGAGCGUCUUAUUGCAUCUGACACUGGCAUUGGGACAUUAGAAAACAUUACGACUGAAAUCACAACCACAUCAGCAGCGAGCGACCAUGGCAUAAUGGGACUAACAGUUCAGGAAGAUGACCAAUGGGAGACCAUUGCACAAUGGGAAACCAUAACAACGCUUGAACCUACAGUGAGUCAGGUCUUUGUAGACCUGACUAUAUAUCGGUUUACACUAGCUAUGGACAUCCCAAUGAAGUCUCCAACUCACAACAAGAACUGCUACCUGUCUAGCAUGUUACGCCUUUCCGAGUCCGGAAUGCUGAUUGUGGACUGUAACAACUGCACAGUGAAGAUGGUGGACAUGCAUACCAAUAACCUGGUGUCCCAGAUCAGUGUACCAGGUCAGCCAUGGGACAUAUGUCAUCUCUCCGGGUACACGGUUGCUGUUACUAUGUUCAAUCUAGGUAUUCAGCUCCUGGAGACUCGAGGGCAACUCGUGCUUGGUAACCGUAUCGAAUUGGAUGGUGAAUGCCGAGGAAUUGCUUACCAUGAAAAUAGGUUGAUAGUGUCAUUCUAUGAUGGAAAGGUAGCGGUACUGGAUAUGAACGGACAUGUUAUAAGAGUCAUAGGGAGGGAUGACAAUGGAAAGAAACUGUUUGAACGUCCUGUUUACUUAUCAGUGGUGUGUGAAGGUUCGACCGCUUUCAUCUACGUAUCAGAUAUGAGCAGAAACACAAUCACAAAACUUGGCAUGAACCUGGACAUCAUCAAUACGUUCCAAGACCCUGCAUUGAAAAGCCCAAGAUGUAUCACGGUAUUCGGGGACCAAUUGUUAAUCUCUGUAUAUGGAAGUGGCAGCAUUAUGAUACUUGAUUUGUCCACUGGUCACAUGGCACAACUGAUGGGAGAGAAGGAGGGGAUACGAAAUCCACUUUCUGUUCACCACCUUCCGCAAUAUAGAAAGAUUCUUGUCACAGAAUAUUCGAAUAAUUCAGUCAAAGUGUUCAAUACAAUCGGAUAA